ACCUACAGUUUAGGCGGGAACAGUACGCUAGGCAGGCCUAUUGAGUAAGUAAAGAGAUACCUGAAUCAACGUCAUCGGUUUAGUAGGCCAGUUUUUGCAAGAGUCAAUUCGAAGAGAUCAGAAUCGCGAUGAACAUUUUGGCCUCCUAACGAAUUUCCAUACACUACACUCCUUCCUAAAUACCUAAGCAGCGUAUUCAGCGUGAUUUCUCCAUACAUUUGCAUUCGAUUCAUCAUUGUGUACUAGAUUACCAUCUUUGUACGUACGUAAAGUAUUCCAUGCUCUCACCACCUCUUCGGUGACGAUGGCUGAAGACAACGUCCAUUCCCUCAGAUCGCGGGGUGUCCCGAUGAACGGCAGCGAUAGCAUCAACGGUGCCACCUUCACAACGUCUCCAAAAAUGACAUCCGCCACAACCACGACGUCGCGCAGCUCGCCGUUCCUACCCACGCCCCUCGAGACCCUCCUCCUCGCCGUCUACCCCACCAUCCUGAUUUUCGGCACGCUUUUCUCAGCACUCUCUCCUGAAACGCGUGGGGCGCCCUAUGAUACCAUCAGGCAGUCCCACGUGCAGGCGACCGCGCCGUCCUACUUUGCGCGCAAGGACAAUCUGUUCAACGUCCUCUUCGUCAAGCGCGGGUGGCUGUGGAUCACGGGUUCCUUCCUAGCCUUCGUUGCCACUCAUCCAACCUUCCGAAACGGCAAUGGCAGGCAGAUAGCUAAGGCGGCGACACGAUGGGCCAUCGUCACGGGCUGGUGGAUCCUCGUCACGCAAUGGUGUUUCGGCCCGCCCAUCAUCGACCGCGGAUUCAGGUUCACGGGGGGCCGGUGCGAGGUUGCGCAGGACGCUGUUUCUUCCGGCACGGCGGACCAGAAGGAGCUGUUCACGGCUGUGGCGUGCAGGACAGCGGGCGGGAACUGGAGCGGUGGACACGACAUCUCGGGACAUGUCUUCUUACUCGUCCUCGGAAGCUGCUUUCUUGCGCAAGAGGUGGUCUGGGUUGUCCUUCGAGCAGGCGCGAGGAUCGCGGGCAGUGGGGAUGACCGUGCUAUCGUUAUGGACGACGGCGCGCACAAGGGCGCUAGGGCCGAGGCUGAAUACGCGGUGGAGGGGCACGAGAAACAUCUAGGAUUUGGUGGGAAGUUUGCGCUGGGUGUUGUAGGCUUGUCGCUCUGGAUGUUAUUGAUGACCGCUACGUACUUCCACACCUGGUUUGAAAAGCUCACUGGAUUACUUGUCGCUUCUAUGGCUGUGUACACCGUCUACAUUCUCCCGAGAUGGGCACCAGCCCUGAGAGCAAUUGUAGGAUUACCUGGCAUAUAGAACUUAGGCAGGAGGUGGUACUCUCCUAUUUGAAGCGUUUGUAUAUCGAUGCAUGGCGCCCACGACGAAAAAGAUUAUAUGAUUACAACAUGUUAUAAACUAAUAUUUAAGAUAAUUUCUCAUUGAUUCCAGCUCUUUGCUUUGACUCU